UAUAUCGCAUUUCCUAUGCUUGUGCGCACAUUCAGUCUCUCCGUUUCAGUGUGUGUUCACGCCUCUAACGGAGAUAUGUGCUGUCGGUGCCGUGUUUUGCAUAAAAGCGCGCUAAUUUUUAAAUAAACGGAUUAAAUGUACAAAUAGGUGCGCCUGAAGUCACAGUUGUCACCGCUGUCGUCUGUCCGGUGUUAAUAUCGGAGUCCGUUUGCCCCGGUAUUCGUGUAUGGCUCCAGCAGAGCAGAAGCAGAACCGAGCCCGUCUCCUGCGGUUCUUAACUCGAGCCAAACCGUAGCCGUUAGCCGGUCACCUCAAGCCGGCGACGACGAACCGACAGCCGGAGGCAGCUUGAAGCCAGGGAAACACGGUUCGGGGAGAAAAUCAACCGACAGGACAUCGCGUCAACCCCGCAGCUCAACCAACAAGGGGUCCCUGCAGUUUGAGGACAAGUGGGAUCUGAUGCGGCCCAUCGUCCUCAAGCUGCUCAGACAGGAAGCUGUCACCAAGCAACAGUGGUUCGACUUGUUCUCAGAUGUUCACGCUGUGUGUCUAUGGGAUGACAAAGGACCAGCCAAAAUCCACCAAGCCCUCAAAGACGACAUCCUCGACUUCAUCAAACAAGCACAAGCUCGAGUGCUGAGCCACCAGGACGACACGGCUCUCCUCAAAGCCUACAUUGUGGAGUGGAGGAAGUUCUUCACCCAGUGCGACAUCCUGCCCAAACCCUUCUGUCAGCUGGAGAUCACACUGAUGGGAAAACAAGGCAGCAACAAGAAAACCAACAUGGAGGACAGCAUUGUACGCAAGCUGAUGCUGGACACGUGGAACGAGUCGAUCUUUUCAAACAUUAAGAGUCGCCUGCAGGACAGCGCCAUGAAGCUGGUGCACGCCGAGCGGCUGGGCGAGGCCUUUGACUCUCAGCUCGUGAUAGGCGUACGAGAGUCAUACGUCAACCUGUGCUCUAACCCGGAGGACAAGCUGCAGAUCUACAGGGAUAACUUUGAGAAAGCCUACCUGGACUCUACAGAGAGGUUCUACAGAACUCAGGCGCCGUCCUACCUGCAGCAGAACGGUGUCCAGAACUACAUGAAAUAUGCAGAUGCGAAGCUGAGGGAGGAGGAGAAGAGAGCGCUUAGAUAUCUAGAAACACGUCGUGAAUGUAACUCUGUUCAAGCACUGAUGGAGUGUUGCGUGAACGCUCUGGUGACCUCGUUCAAAGAGACAAUCCUCGCCGAAUGUCCAGGAAUGAUCAAACGCAACGAGACAGUCAAGCUGCACCUCAUGUUUUCACUGAUGGACAAGGUUCCCAACGGGAUCGAGCCCAUGCUGAAAGACCUGGAGGAGCAUAUCAUCAGUGCUGGACUAGCGGACAUGGUGGCUGCUGCAGAGACUAUCACUACUGACUCUGAAAAGUAUGUGGAGCAGCUGCUGACUUUGUUUAACCGCUUCAGUAAGCUGGUAAAGGAGGCUUUCCAGGAUGACCCACGCUUCCUCACAGCAAGAGAUAAGGCUUACAAAGCGGUCGUCAAUGAUGCCACAAUCUUCAAACUGGAGCUGCCGAUGAAACAGAAAGGAGUGGGAAUGAAGACUCAGCCAGAGUCGAAGUGUCCGGAGCUGCUGGCAAACUACUGUGACAUGCUGCUAAGGAAAACCCCACUCAGCAAGAAACUGACCUCAGAGGAAAUUGAGCUCAAACUCAAAGAAGUGCUCUUGGUGCUGAAAUACGUCCAGAACAAAGACGUGUUCAUGCGUUACCACAAAGCUCAUCUGACCAGGCGCCUCAUCCUGGACAUUUCGGCCGACAGCGAGAUUGAAGAGAACAUGGUGGAGUGGCUGAGAGAAGUGGGCAUGCCUGCUGAUUAUGUGAACAAGCUUGCCAGGAUGUUUCAGGACAUCAAGGUGUCAGAGGACCUCAAUCAGGUCUUCAAAGAGAUGCACAAACACAACAAGCUGGCACUGCCAGCGGACAGCGUGAACAUUAAGAUCCUGAACGCCGGCGCCUGGUCACGAAGCAGUGAGAAGGUUUUCGUCUCGCUGCCCACAGAGCUGGAGGACCUGAUCCCCGAGGUGGAGGACUUCUACAAGAGGAAUCACAGCGGUCGGAAGCUCCACUGGCAUCACCUCAUGUCCAACGGCAUUAUCACCUUUAAAAAUGAAGUGGGGCAGUACGACCUGGAGGUGACGACGUUCCAGCUCGCCGUGCUGUUUGCCUGGAAUCAGAGACCCAGAGAGCGAAUCAGCUUCGAGAACCUCAAACUGGCCACAGAGCUGCCCGACGCAGAGCUACGCCGAACACUCUGGUCUCUGGUCGCCUUCCCAAAGCUGAAGAGGCAGGUGUUGUCUUACGACCCCCCGGUGAGCUCACCCAAAGACUUCACAGACGGCACGCUCUUCUACGUCAACCAGGAGUUCUCUCUCAUUAAAAACUCCAAAGUUCAGAAGCGGGGAAAGAUCAAUUUGAUUGGCCGUCUGCAGCUGACCACAGAGCGAAUGAGAGAAGAGGAGAAUGAAGGAAUCGUUCAGCUCAGAAUACUGAGAACUCAGGAGGCCAUCAUCCAAAUCAUGAAGAUGAGGAAGCGGAUCAGCAACGCCCAGCUGCAGACGGAGCUGGUGGAGAUCCUGAAGAACAUGUUUCUGCCUCAGAAAAAGAUGAUAAAAGAGCAGAUCGAGUGGCUCAUCGAGCACAAAUACAUAAAGAGGGACGAGGCGGACAUCAACACCUUCAUCUACAUGGCCUAGGCAGCGAGGACGGAGUGUGUGUUUUGCUGUUUUUUACAACUGGCCUGCAUCUGGCGCUUUAAAACCUGCGAGAUGAGACAAACAAGGACUUAAAGGAUGUGUUUGAAGAAGGAGAAGAGGGCUGGGAGCGCGCUGAAGGACACGGAAAAGCCUUUUUAACAAAAGUGUGGCUAUUGUUUGUGUUUGUGAGACGCCAGUGUGUUACCGGAGUGUCAUUUCAAGCCGUAGCGUUGAGUCAUCUGGCCGUGUGUUUGUCCCUGCUGCCCUCUAGUGUCUGCUCAGAGGAGAGGAACGGCGGCGUGCGCCGUCCGCCAGCAGCUCAGAAGAAGAAAAAAUAGUGAUGUUAUUGAAUACUUCCUGCCUUACUUUCAUCAGCAGUGGACUUCGGAGAAGGAGGUGGAGAAGGAGUGAGGGCAGAAAAGGAGAACAAAGCUGAUAUCAGUCCUUUGCUUUCACUUCAUGCGACGGCUGCCAUGUUAGCCGCAGCCAUUUAGCAUCCCUCCUGUCCUACACUGAUCUAAUACUCGAAGAGGGAAUGCAGAGUGAAAGCUGCCAUCGAGGAGGAGAGAGACGAGUUCAAACUACCGAGGAGUAUUUUGCCAAAUCGUGUGUGUGUGUUUGAGUGCAUGGUGUGUAUCUGAUCUUUUAGUUGUGCGUGUUUGUAUGUGUGUGUGCACUUUCAACAGCAUGCUGCUCUAUGAUUUUUUUCCCCCUUCAGUGGAGAAUCUGUCACACUUUGGUUGUUUCAGAAAGGGUUGGGAAUUUAAAUGCUGGUAUUCAGAUUUUUUUUUUGUGAUCCCCUGACCGGGCUGCAGGUGACGUCAUCUUUGCAGAGCCUCAAGAACAAAACGAGAAAGUGUAACUGCCCCAGUGUGUGAGGUCUGGACUGUGCACGCACUCAGAUGGAAGUUCAGUGUCUAAAUUUUUACCUCAUUCAUUCUAAGAACGUCUCUGUUUGGUUUUUUUGGGGGGGUUUUUUGCACAGUUAGAGAAAACCACACAGCUGCUCUGUUGCUUUUACUUAAGGUUUGAAUGAGCUGCUGGUGUUUGGACCUUUUUCCAAAGCAGAACACUGUCUGAGUUUGUGUGAUGUGUGCGCACCCUUUUGUUCUUCCUCUCUGCCUGAACUCUCAGAAACCUACAAAUCACCUUCAGCCCAUAAACCUUCAUAGUGUUUGAAGCAAAGCAACAAUUUAGUCCCUUUAAAGCAGCUCUCGCGAUUCUGCAGCCAUAACUUUAGUUCCGUUAUCACCGGGACAUAAAAACUAUUUAGAAUUGUCAGUUUGUCUCUGAAUCACAAAAGCCUUUAAAAGAUUGGUGACUGCCUCAAAACAAGCUGAACUUAUUCUACACACUUGGUCCAGGGCAACAACACGAUUGUUUCUCAUCACACCAGAGCUCUGAAUUUGCUCCAUGCUAAUGGAGUUGGAGUAAAUGAUGAAAAAGUGAAAACUUUUCCCUUUUUAUUACCAUAAUGAGGACCUAGAAACACCUGCCACCACACAGUGAAGCUCCAAACGUUUAGGGGGAAUUAAAUAAAAAAAAAUCACAGGAUGUGUCAGGGGGUCGAACCAAAACAACAAUUUUUAGAGAUGAAAGUUGUAAAAUUGCAAAGGAAAAUAUGCAGAUGUGCUGUACAGCAGAUCCAUUACACUUUAUAUACUUAUCAUAAAUCUGGCACAGGACGACACCUUAAAGAAAAAAGACAACUAUGAACUUCCUGUUCAGGCUAAUGUGCUAUUUCCCUAUGUUAAAGAAUUCAGAGACCUUUGGGAGGUGACACCAUGUUACAUACAGUAAAGGCACAGAGGCUGUUUUAUCAUAUUUAACCAAAAUCUUAGCAUUUUCCAUACAAUCUAUAAACAUUUGAUAAGCUUAUACUCACAUAAGGCCAACUUAAAUUUAGGAAAUGUGUUGACGAUAAACAAUAAUCCAGUGUCUGAUUGGUGCAGGGCACCAAUCCACUAAACGGGAAACAACCCUCUAAAAGUAACGAGUUUUUCUUCUGCUCUUUCUCACCUGAUUGUCAUUUGGUGCUGUAGCCUCUGCAACAUCUUCAAAAUGAGUGUGAAAAUGUAUUUUGUCAGCUGACCGGUCAGUGAAUGCGAGAUCAGCUGCAGUGAAUUAUACAGAAUAAAAAGCUGCCGAGGUAAAUAUGGAGAACCAAUCAGUGCCCCCCACCCCUCACAAUCAGCAGAUGUUGUUUCUGUAAAAUUACUUUAGGGUAUUUAAUGAAGACGUGUCAAACUUUACAUCACACUAUGUCUGCAACUCACUUAGGGGCGAGUUGCAGACCCUUAAAGUACACAGAGUUGAGUGGAAGAUUGAACUUUUUAAUUUAUUCAUUUCCAGCAUUUUUCAGCCCUCAUAACUCCAGAUUAACUUCACUCCACGUGUCAUCACCUUAACAGAGUUUUAGUUUUUUCCAUGAUUUUUGGACACGGCAUAAUAAUGUAAAUAAUGUGUUAGUCCCCGCAGUGAAAUUACUCCUCUGCAUUUUAAUGUCUAUAAUUCUGAGUAACAGAACCAGGUUUUGGUAUCCUGGAGAAAAAGUGGGUUUUGGGUAAACCUUCAGUAGUCAUCUCACCAUGAGGGAUAGGUGGAGGAUCAGACCAUGUUAUGGCAUGAAAAGGUUUCAUUUUUAGCUGUUUUGAUGCCAAGCUCACCUUCCAGAGGGGAUCCCUUCAUAUUAAAAAAACGUGGCUGAUUUUUAUCAGUUGCACUGGGAAUCUUUUUGCUCUUGUUGAACUGAGAAUCAAAUCCUGUGAGCAGUGAGGAAAAAGAAAGACAACUGUGAAUGUGUGGGGUUGUUUUUUGUU